AUGGCCGACAACUCAGACCCGGAAGACUCGGCCGCCAGGCUACUGAAGCUUUCCGUGCUGACACCCAAGCCUUACGAUGGCCAGAGCUCCCCUCCAGUGGCCACUGCCCACGGGCCUUUGAGCAGCGACGUUCACGCCAGAAUACUUGCUUUCCAGCAGAAGAGGGCCUCCCAGACUCUCAAGGAGUCUCCCAAGGAGGGCCCCCUUGCCCCUUUACCUUACACCAAAACUGCCUCCGAGAACCUGGUCCCCAAACUGACCCUUGUCCCUUCUCCGUCCAUCGAGCUGCCGCCGCACGACAUCCCCAAGGGCCAAAUGCUGCCCUCCCAGAAGCCCUCGUUCGACUUGGCGAAAAAACCAUCCCUCUCGCAAAGACGCGGUAUGAAGCUCAACAUGAAAAACAUGGGCUCCUCCACCCCUGAACCGAACCACCCUCCCCAUCCUCCUCAUUUAAACUCCACGGGCGAGCUUGCGAGACGCCUUUCCGAACGAAAGAAGCGGCCCGACUUCAAGCUCAAUCUCAACGACCACCCGACGUCAGACGUCAGCUCCAUUGAGUCGAAUCAGCCCGCUCCCCAAGAACUCAAGGGCCUUUUCGCUAACUACUCCAAGUACGUCGACAUCAAGCUGGGCUCCCUUAACUUUGCAGGAAAGGCUUCCUUGCAUUCUGAUGGCAUCGAUUUCUCCUCCGGCCUGUCCUUCCACAUUUCUCUUGACGAAUUGCAGUUUCUUGAGGAACUUGGCCGUGGUAACUACGGUGUAGUUUCAAAAGUGCUCCAUAAACCUACCGGUGUUCUUAUGGCCAUGAAGGAGGUGCGUCUCGAAUUAGAAGAAAACAAAUUUACCCAAAUUCUUAUGGAGCUCGAAGUGCUUCAUAAAUGUGACUCUCCUUAUAUUGUUGACUUCUACGGCGCAUUUUUUGUUGAAGGUGCUGUCUACAUGUGCAUGGAGUUUAUGGACGGUGGAUCUCUUGAUAAGUGUUAUGGCGAUGGUGUCCGUGACGAAGCAUGUCUCGCUUAUAUCACUGAGUGUGUUAUCCGUGGCCUCAAAGAACUCAAGGAUAAGCAUAACAUCAUUCACAGAGACGUCAAACCAACUAACAUCUUGGUAAACUCGCUUGGCAAGGUCAAACUUUGUGAUUUUGGUGUCUCCGGUAACUUGGUGGCCUCUUUGGCAAAGACGAACAUCGGAUGUCAAUCAUAUAUGGCCCCAGAGCGUAUCAAAACUAUGAAUCCUGAUGACGCAACUUACUCCGUGCAAUCAGAUAUUUGGUCGUUGGGUCUCACGAUCUUGGAGAUUGCCGCAGGUAGUUAUCCUUACCCACCAGAAACUUUCGAUAACAUCUUCUCCCAGUUGAGUGCUAUCGUUGAUGGUGAGCCUCCCAAGCUUGACAGCAAUCUUUUUUCCAAAGAAGCACAGAUAUUUGUGAAGUCCUGUCUUAACAAGAACCCUGAUCUUCGCCCGCAAUACGAUGUUCUUCUCGAAUCUCCUUGGCUCACCAAUAAUAGAGGAGUUGACCCACACAUGGACCGGGUUGUUCAGGAGAAUUUGAAGGCACGCAAAGAAGCCAAGGCAGAGCAAUCCAAGAAACCCGGUGCAACGCUGUCAAGGCCAGGCGCUAAUGUUGCCAAUGCAGGCGCUGCUCUGAUGAUGGGCAGGGAGAACGUUUCUUCCUUGCUUAAAAACAAGGUCAAUGCACCUGCGCUCCAUAGAGGCGGAUUGCCAACGCAGCGGUUCAGGCGAUAA